UUAAAACUGAGAUUCAAGAUUGGUGAAUAAGGAAUUGGUAGAAGCACCAUACGCGGGCUAAGUGCUCAUAAAGAAUAACAUAUAUCUCGGCUGAAAAAUAUAUGACCAUUUAGUUGUCUAGUCCUUCUGAGCUAAUAGUUCGACUACUCCUGCUAGUCUGGAGCGUAAAAUUAUAAACUGUUCUCAUGACAACGUCGUAUUUCAUCCCUACAUAAAAAAACUUUCCUCAAGAAGCGAUGUCUGCAGUGCGUGAUUUUUCCUACAUCGACGCUGAUGACGCGAUCUCGAGUAGCGCCUGUCGCACUCCCGCCGCGUCAGCUCGACCAGGCGCGCCCUCGGGAGGAAUCCGCGCCUCGGUGACCGCCUCCACGGAGGCUGCUGACGAAGGCAGAGCAGUGCGAGCCACGCUCAACCUGCUGCCCUGUGGCACCGACGUCUCUGAUGCGGAGUCCGUUACCGACAACUGUAUGGUGGACCAAGGGAGGGACUCUGCAGCGAGAAGUUGUGAUAAAAUUCUGAAUAAUUUGAACAUAGAAACCGUGAAACUGACGGAUGAGAACAAGUACUUCAUCCCGCACAUCCCUGAUCUUUUUUAUCCCGAUAAGAGCGAUGUUCCGGACGCUGCCUCGAAUGUUGGAAGUUCAAGGCAGCAACUCCCUCUUGAGAGCGAGAAAUCUAGAUCGAGAGUUAGAACUUCCAUCCGUCCCCCCGGGGAAUGCACAUUUGGGCGCGUAGGGGGCGAUGAUCCCUCCUCCAUGGCGCGCAGUGACAGCAUUUCCAGUCUGGCGAGCGAGGUGAGCUCGUGCGCGGGCGACAGCGCCCCCAGACGUCGGGGUGAGGGCGAACAGCGGACCAGCAAGCGUCGUCGGUCGUCUCUCCUUCCGCGCUGUAAGAACUCCUUCGCUGACGUCACGCUGCAGUACAUCAGAGACAGGCUCGAAGGCCGAAUAUUUUCCGGCUGGUUGGAGGAGCGGCAGCGGCUGGAAAGUAAAGUGAAGUUGCCGCCACGCCCUUGUGACGUGACUGGUGCUGGUGCAGUGCCUGCUGGUGGAACAGAGGAGGUGUGGAGGGAUGUGGUGGAAGUGGACGCGUGUGAGGUGGAUAUGGUGACGCAACUGGAUGCUGUCAUGGCUAGCGUUCCUGGCUCCAUGGAGGGCAAGAAGUGGAUUAACAUUCAACCACCAGGGGUCGCGCACGGGUACCUGCUGUGGCUGCUGUUGGAGGGGCCGCCCCGACCCCCGCUGCACUACUGGUUCCAGGUCGCCUCCGUCACCAGCAACCCCAGCACGGGACUCAACUUGCGCCUCGUGGUCCUCAGGCCUGUAGGUGAGUGUGACGCCGAGUCUGCGUCAAGUCGCAAGCGGCGGCAGGCGGCGGCCGCGGCGGCGGCGGCGGGCGACGUGCCGCUGAGUGUGGCGCUGGCGUGGCGCCGUCUCGUCGAGGACGUCAGGCAGAACGUGACGGGCGAGACCGUCUCGACCUACGCGGCCUACGCCCUCCAGCCGUCCAAUGUUCUGGCCGCCUGCGCCCUGCACGCUGGUCGCGAGGCCGUCCAUCUCUUCCUGCUCUUCAUGCGGGAGGCGGGGUUCCUCAUUGACCGCGCCACUCCGGCCUUCCAAAUCGUCGUGGGCUUCGUCGAAAAACUCAUUGGGGGAUUUUUUGUGCUCAUAGCCAUGGUAUAUAAGGACGUGCGUCGUCCAAAUCCUCCUCCUCCCGCAGCUCCCCUCGGCGGGGGCGGCCGCCCUCCUGCCAUAAUGGGCGUUGGGCCAACAAGUGGAAUUAGGUUCGUGCCCGCCCAGUCUUGGCAGGACGACUACAGGUCAUGAGGCGAGGGCUGCACUGACGCAGGGUCGUCACAUUCGACAAUCAGGAGACGAGCGAUCUUGAUAACAUCAGGACAAUAAUGCAUUACGGGAACUGGCAAGGUUUUCGAUCCCCUCUAGAGUGGAUAGUGUUUGUCCGCGGGGAUAAUGAAAUUUUCUGAAACUGUGUGCCCCAUUCACCGACACCAAGUUUCAGCAGAUAUUAAAGUGACUUGGUUGUAGAGCUUUAAUUAAUUUAGACCGCAAUAGGAGACAUUUUCAACUAACGGUUAUUUUCAACAUACAUUUAUUGUGAAGAUAAAUCGUUGUUAAGACGUAAAUAUGAAUUGUUUAUGUUAACCUGUUUCUGCAUUGAAGGAUGCACAGCAGAAAUACAUAAAAUUUAAGGUUUUGUGGGAUUACGCAAUUAACUGCAAUAUAUCGAAUACUGCAUCAUCUUAGCCCCAUUAUUUAGCAAUUUAUGAUAGAAAAUCACGGCUUGUUUUCGAUGAAUUUCCAGAUUAUUUUUUCUUAAAAUGUUCUUUUGCAGCGAUAGAAGAGCUUCUUCAUGGUCAUUUUAUUCUAAAAUUUUAUUUAAAUAAAUCAUCGCUGUAGGUACCGGGCGCUGGGCUCCGAUUAUCUUAACUUCCUCACUGUAAGGUUCAUUGCAAUAAUUCAACCUAUGUAUAAAUCUGACUUGCAACUAGAACUUAUUCUAGUUGAUAGUAUUCUGUCUGAGUGUGGACAAGAUUAAUCGACCGACAUGCUGCCUACGGCUACAAAAAUACUUGUUUUAUUUUGGUAAUUUAUAUUUACCCGCUGGUUUAGGUUUUCUUGUAAAAAAUAAAUUUGUUUCAAUCUGGCCGGCUUCUUAAUGCGAAUCCACAUAUUUCUUUCGUUAUGUUGUUAAUGUAUAGUAUAUAUUUGACUCGUCUAUUUAAAAUGGUGACAAGAUGUGGGCCAGUAGCAAAGAUUAUUUUGGUAGCUUGUUUCCUUUAUUUGGUUAGUUUCCAACGGAUAAAUUAAUGCAUUAACUUCUGAAUUUGCUUAUUCGCCUCAAUGAUCCUAGAUUGCAUCAAAUAUGAGAUAAUUCCCCUAAUAAAGUCAUGUCGAGUGUCCCCUCAGGGGGGACUUCUGACGGGUG